ACAAUUGUAACAAGGUGCCUGGGGAAGUUUGAACUAAGUUGCAGGCACUGAAGUAACUUAUUGAGAUCAGCGGGGUCGGGGCUACAGGAAUAUCAUUGAUCAAGCAGUACCAAAAAAAAUUUCUUAAAAUCCACCUUUGCAAAGCACGCCCGGACAUCAGUGCGGUAUCUAAAUGGGAACGAUGAAUAGCUUCACCUUGUGUAUCAGUCUGCUAUCUCUGUUAUCUACCGGCUUCUCAGAGAGAGAUUCCAAGGACGCAGUUGCUGCUGGCAAAUCGGCUCAGGAUGUGAUGCAUAAAGAGAAUAUAGGUUGGGAUUACAGCAAUAUUCAGACAAAGUUUAACCUUCAGAGCUCAAAAAAUACUGAGGAGAAAGACUGUGGCAUUAUUGCAGGUGUGGGUGAGAGCCUGGUGAAAUGUAAUUUCAACAUGACUGCUAAGACAUUCAUUAUCAUCCAUGGGUGGACGACGACUGGACUGAUGGAAUCUUGGAUCAGCGGUAUGGUUAAAGCCCUCCAAAAACAAGAAAUAUACGCAAACAUCAUUGUGGUCAACUGGCUUGAUCGUGCGCAUCAGCUUUACACAGUUGCUGUCAACAACUCAGAGGUGGUUGGAAGAGAAAUUGCUAUGUUAGUUGACUGGCUACAGCAUGUGACAGACAUACCGCUUUAUAGGAUGCAUAUGAUUGGCUACAGCUUGGGAGCUCAUGUCGCAGGAUUUGCAGGAAAAGCUGCACAAAAUAAAAUUGGACGAAUAACAGGUUUAGAUCCAGCUGGUCCAUUGUUUGAAGGUGUUAACCCUGAUAAGCGACUUUCCCCUGAUGAUGCAGACUUUGUAGAUGUGCUACACACUUUUGCAUAUGGUACUCUGGGAGUUAGCAUUGGCAUUAAACAGCCCGUUGGCCAUAUUGAUGUGUACCCAAAUGGUGGCAGUUUCCAGCCUGGAUGUGGCCUUCAUGAUGUCUUGAAUGCCUUAGCCUCCGGAACUAUCAGUGAUGUUGUUUACUGUGAACACGAGCGUUCAGUGCACCUCUUCGUCGACUCCAUCCUGAACCAGGAUAAACAGAGCCUCAUGUAUCGAUGCCCCGACACUAAGACAUUCGAGAAAGGGAUGUGUCUCAGCUGUCGGAAGAAUCGUUGCAACAAGCUGGGCUAUAAUGUCAAGAAAAUCAGAAGUAAACGUAGCAACAGGAUGUACCUGAAGACAAGAGCAGAUAUGCCCUUUAAAGUUUUUCAUUACCAGUUAAAAAUGCACUUGUUUAGUGCAGAGGAAAUACAAGAUUCGAACCCCAAGUUGUACGUUAACUUGUACGGGACCAGUGCAGACAGCAAGAAGACCAGUAUCGAAAUGCCCGAGCAAAUUGCUGCGAACAGGACAAAUUCCUUCCUUGUCUACUUGGAGGAUGACAUUGGAGACUUGCUUAGGAUCAAACUGAUGUGGGAAGGGUCCUCAGCAUCCUGGUCACUGUGGACACAGUUAAAAAGCCUAUGGUAUGGGUCAAGUUCUAAUGCAACAGAAGACUUGAAAGAGCUUGAAAUAAGGAAGAUUCGAGUGAAGUCUGGGGAAAUGCAGAAGAAGUAUACUUUUUGUGCAACCGAUCCCUCAGCCAUGAAAAUUUCACCGGGAAAUGAAAUAUUAUUCACCAAAUGUCUGGAUGGCUGGCCAGUUAAAAACAAGACAAGUUUGCACUCUUAACAUUGCCACAGUGAUCUUCGGAGAUAUGCUACAGCAUGUUCAAGGGACUUUGAAGUCUAACCUUCCCGGUCCCAUGGUUGAUUUUUUGCUGGAAGACAUCUUGGAAGAAUUGCAGCAGCCGUAUCUCAAGAAAGAUUAUUCCUGCUGUCCGGUUACUUUGUUUACUCUACUGGCCUUAUUAAAUGCGCUGUACUUCAUAAUAAGAAGAGGCAUCUUGAGCUUUGGCUGUGAUGUUCAUGGACUAAGAGUUCCCAAGUUACAUUUGUACUUUUUUCCUUUUGCGAAGCCAACAAACAUUCUGCACCAGCCGUAGCUUCCACUGCAAUGACACUCUAAUGCUAUAAGCCACAUUGAUUUUUAUACUGCUGAUAAUUUAAACAAAAAAGUCAGUUUCAUAGCCCUAUUUGUAUAUAUUGUACUGCUACAUUUUUGUACAUGAUGGACUUACAUUUGUUAAAUGCUAUUUAUAUAUCAA